AUGAUUGUAAUUCUGCUGGUGUCCAUGUCCAUGGUGUUGCACUUGGUAGGUGGCCAAGAACUGGAGCCACCAGCAUUCCUGCCAGAGCUGCUUAACACACCUGAAAGGAUCUUGAACAAUGCCACACUCUUCAAUGGAGUCUUUCAAAAUGUGGAAAGUGUUGCAUUAUUUUUUGACUGCCUGGGUUCUCACUUCACCUGGUUACAGUCCAUCUUCACCAACUUCCCUGCCCUUCUCAACUUUGUCAACAAAAUGAAGUGUGCCACUGGGUUUUGCCCCCGGGAUUUCGAGGACUAUGGCUGCUCUUGCCGGUUUGAGAUGGAAGGGCUCCCCGUGGAUGAAGCUGAUGAGUGCUGUUUUCAGCACCGCAGAUGCUACGAGGAAGCGCUGGAGAUGGAGUGCACGUGGGACCCAUCAAAGAUUUCUGCAGAUGUCAGCAGCUGCUCUACUAAAAACCUGACCUGUGAGUCUGUGGAUCCCUGUGAACAGUUCCUCUGCACCUGUGACAAAGAUGCCAUUGAAUGCUUUGUGAAUGCCCAGAUCAACUCCUCCCUGAAUGGGCUGGAUGUCUCCUCCUGCCCAUCUCCAGUUACAGAAACAACCAGCAAGAGAGAGCUGACAACACGACACAUGGAGGCGUUGGUUCAUCAAGGGACUGAUGAAACACGAGCUGUGACUGCCUCUGUGGAAGAAGUGGUUUCUUUUGAGCCCCGUGACAGAGUCUUGGCAACUUCCAAAGCCAGAGAAGAUGGAUUUGUGGAAGCUUUGGUCCCAGUGGAAGAGAUAACCACCUCCCCAGCCUCAUUCCCAGGAGACAGUAACUCAAUGCAAGUCAAAAUUGUCCCCACCAACAGGAGUCCUGCAGGCACACCUGCAAGGACAAAAGGAAAAGUGUGCGAGCGACUGACCUUUCUGCAAGAGGGAGGACGUGGAAGAGUGGAGAGGGAGCUGCCCCAGCUUGGAGAAAUGCUGUUCUGCUUAACUGAGAGAUGCCCAGAGGAAUUUGAGUCCUAUGGCUGCUAUUGUGGCCAAGAUGGAAGAGGAGAUCCCAUCGAUGCACUGGACAGAUGCUGCUUCUCUCAUCACUGCUGUAUGGAGCAAGUUAAGAAACUUGGAUGCCACGCAGAAAGAAAUUUGAGAUCUGAAGUUGUAUGUUUUCAUCACACACCAAAAUGCAUUGGCCGGAGCGCGUGUGAGAAGCUCCUCUGUGCCUGCGACACGGCCGCGGCCGAGUGCAUGGCCUCUGCCUUCUUCAACACGAGCCUGAAGCAGCCCCACGGGCAGGGCUGCCGGGAGGAGAAGCUCUCCUGCCCAGGGGAGUCUGCUGAAAGGCCUGCAGCAGGCACCCACACAGGCACAGGGGCUUCCAGCUCCGAGGAGAGCAGUGAGGAGGAAGGAGCCCAGCGGGGCAGAUUGCGGAGAGCCAGGAGAGGGACGCGGCAGCACAUGGGGAACGCCAGAACUGGGGACACCAGGGCAGAUAACCCUGAGGGCAGAACACCACCCACCUCCAGGGGCUUGGGAAGGGCCAGGACAGCAGCCAGGCACUGAGUACCUGCCCUCCUCAUCCUCUACACACUGCCUCGCACUCUCCAGAACACAAGUGACAUAAUCAUAGACUAGGAUUAGGUGUUAGGCUGUAUUAACUCCUUACUGCGGGGAGGUCAGCACCAUGGAGCAUCUGUCUAGGUCAGAUAUUACCUUAAAUAAUUACUGGACAGUGUUCUAUAUAAUUUCACUUGAUUUUUUAAUGUAAAAACUGUUAUGAUCAAACUGACUUUUGUUAACUGGGCACUUGGUUCAGACUGGAUCUUGCUGAUGGUGUCCAAGUAUUCCAGGUUUUCAAUUAAACC